CUCCCGCGCCCCGACAUGCCCGAGCAGACUGGCUUCCCGGCGGCCAAGCGAUUCCGGCCGGGCUGCGGGCUUCCGAGCCGCUCGGGGUCCUGCCCUCCCGGGAGGAGAGUGAUGAUGCUGCUGACUGCGGGUGGCAGCAGCGGCGGAGGCCGCAGGCAGCAGCAGCCACCCCUGCCCCACUCCUCUGCCAGUCCCUACCGCGAGGCGGUGGAGCUUCAGCGCCGGAGUCUGCCCAUUUUCCAGGCACGGGGCCAGUUGUUGGCUCAGCUCCGGAACCUGGACAGCGCCAUCCUCAUCGGGGAAACUGGCUCCGGGAAAACGACCCAGACUCCUCAGUACCUCUAUGAAGGCGGGAUCGGCCGCCAGGGCGUCAUUGCUGUGACCCAGCCGCGCCGGGUGGCUGCCAUCUCUCUCGCUACCAGAGUCUCAGACGAAAAGAGAACCGAACUUGGGAAACUGGUUGGCUACACCGUGCGCUUUGACGACACCACUUCGGAAGACACCAGGAUAAAGUUCCUGACUGAUGGCAUGCUGCUGCGGGAGGCCAUCUCAGACCCCCUGCUCCGGAGGUACAGCUGUGUCAUCCUGGACGAAGCCCACGAGCGCACGGUGCACACGGACGUGCUCUUUGGCGUGGUGAAAGCCGCCCAGCGGCGGCGCAAGGAGCUGGGGAAGCUGCCGCUCAAGGUGAUUGUGAUGUCAGCCACCAUGGAUGUGGACCUCUUCUCCCAGUACUUCCACAGGGCCCCGGUCCUCUACCUGGAGGGGCGGCAGCACCCAAUCCAGGUGUUCUACACCAAGCAGCCGCAGAACGACUACCUGCACGCAGCGCUGGUCACGGUCUUCCAGAUCCACCAGGAGGCCCCAGCUUUGCAGGACAUCCUGGUGUUUCUCACUGGCCAGGAGGAGAUCGAGGCCAUGAGCAAGACCUGCCGAGACAUCGCCAAGCACCUCCCGGACGGCUGCCCCGCCAUGCUGGUCCUUCCUCUCUACGCCUCCUUGCCCUACACACAGCAGCUCCGUGUCUUCCAGGGUGCCCCCAAGGGCUAUCGCAAAGUGAUCAUUUCAACCAACAUCGCUGAGACCUCCAUCACCAUUGCAGGAAUAAAAUACGUGGUUGACCCGGGCAUGGUUAAAGCAAAGAAGUAUAACCCUGACAGUGGUCUCGAGGUGCUGGCUGUGCAGCGGGUGUCAAAGACACAGGCCUGGCAGCGCACGGGAAGGGCCGGCCGAGAGGACAGUGGCAUCUGUUACCGGCUCUACACGGAGGAGGAGUUUGAGAGGUUUGAGAAGAUGACGGUGCCAGAGAUCCAGAGGUGCAACCUGGCAAGUGUGAUGCUACAGCUCCUGGCCAUGAAAGUCCCCAACGUGCUCAAUUUUGACUUCAUGUCCAAACCAUCUCCAGAUCACAUCCAGGCUGCCGUCGCCCAGCUGGGCCUGCUGGGCGCUCUGGACCAGGAGGAUGACCAGCUCACCCUGACGCCCAUUGGAAGAAAGAUGGCCGCAUUUCCCUUAGAACCCAAAUUUGCCAAAGCCAUCCUCCUGUCCCCCAAGUUCCACUGCACCGAGGAGAUCCUGACCAUCGUGUCCCUGCUGUCCGUGGACAGCGUUCUCCACAACCCUCCUGCCCGGCGGGAUGAGGUGCAGGCCGCCCGGAAGAAGUUCAUAUCCAGUGAGGGGGACCACAUGACCCUGCUGAAUAUCUACCGGACCUUCAAAAACCUCGGUGGUAAUAAGGAUUGGUGCAAAGAGAAUUUUGUUAACAGCAAGAAUAUGAUGCUGGUCGCUGAAGUCCGAGCGCAGCUUCGGGACAUCUGCUUAAAGAUGUCCCUGCCGGUGGCUUCGUCCCGGGGAGACACGGAGAGUGUCCGCCGUUGCCUGGCGCACAGCCUCUUCAUGAGCACGGCCGAGCUGCAGCCCGACGGCACCUACGCCACCACCGACACCCACCAGCCCGUGGCCAUCCACCCCUCGUCGGUCCUCUUCCACUGCAAGCCGGCCUGCGUGGUGUACACCGCCUUGCUGCACACCAACAAGUGCUACAUGCGCGACCUGUGCGUCGUGGAUGCCGAGUGGCUGUACGAGGCUGCCCCCGAGUACUUCCGGCGGAAGCUGAGAGCCGCCAGGAGCUGAGCCCCGAAGCGCAGCUGUCUGGGCACUCGGUCACGGCGUCCCCCGGCGGGCUGGGCCCGAGGUAGGCAGCCCCCCAGGAGCUCAGAGGCGACGAUUUAAACUCCAACUGAACCGUGUGGGAAGGAAGUGGCUCAGAACUUUUGAGCCUCAGUUUCCGCCCCUGCCCAAUGGGGGCGUGAUCACCAUCAUCCUGACUUUCAGGGCCGAGGUCACCCAGGUUAGGGGUGACAUCGGGAGCCAGCUUUGUUCUCUCACGUGAUGGGAAUCGAGUACAGCCGAAUCCUGUGUGUUCUUGAGACUGUGCGGGAGCGUUUUCAGGGGGCUAAGGUCCCAGAGCUGGGGCGUUGCCCUGAGGUCUGUUUCGACUUGUAUCGGCAGUGAGAUGUUAAAGGGGAAAGCAGCAGCAGCGGCUGACCUCUACGGAAGUUUCCAGAAGGAAGUGCGUUUGUCUGACUUCACGGGCUGGCUCCUCACUGGCCAGGAUGAGGGCCCUUGCGCUCCACACAAGGACCCGUGAGGCCGCGUCUGCCCUGGGGAGCCUUGGCCCCUGGUGCCUCGGUCACGGGUUUGUGGCGUCCGUCUGACACGUCUGCCUCCUGGGCUGACGUCCGUUUGUGUGUGUGUGGAAAGUGUCGAGCGUGAGCAGCGGAAGCUGACGCCCUGGUGCUCGUGGUCCCCGCUGGAGCCAGCAGGUCCCCACUGGUUACUUGCCUCUCCCGCGGGCCGGCCUACACUUGGGCCAUUUCUCUUAUGGCAGGACCCCCGUCAGCGAGCCGGGCGGGUCUGGGAGAACCCAGGAGCCCUGCCUCGGCCUUCCACAUCAUGGCUUCCGGCUCCUUGCUGUUUCUUUACAUUCCUCAGCUGUGUCCUGAGGAGACGGGCUGGCUUUUGCUGCUUCAUUUGCUAGAACCAGAAGAGCCGCACUGCCUCUUCCUGCCCUGAGGUUUUGAGAAAGGGAGAAGACACCAAAGGUUCCCCAAAGCAAAGAAUCUUUCUCCAGAGAACAUUUGGUCCCGGCCUGAAAGAAGCGCUCGUGAUGCUGUGUAUUGGUCUGAACAUGUCUGUGCCCUUUUAGGUCAUACAACUGCCAGGGGAAUCCGCACGGGUUCAAACCAUGCCAAGGUUCUCUCCAGAGAGCGUGGAUGGUCUCCCCGGUGUGGCUCUAGGGUCCCAGACCACGGCCUGACGGAGUGCUCAGUCCCUGGUCAGCUCUGCCAUGUUGUGCAUGUCAGGGUUUUCACCAGUGGGGAGGGAGGGGGAUGGGGGGUGGAGGCAGCACUUGGGACUUAUUUAUGUUGGAAAUAGAUUGAAGCCAAAUAGAACCCGACAGUCCUUCGAUACCUAUCUUACUGGGUUCUUAGUAGACAGCUGAGGGGGCUCCAGGGGGGAAUUCUUGCCCUCUGUGCAGGAGACCCAGCCCUGAUUUCUGACCAACAGACCUUCAGGGCAGCUACCCUCUGUCUGCCACUGGAGGCUUGUGUGCUGCUGUGACACUGCACAGCUUCAAUGGAGCGUCUGAGCUAAGCCAGUAGGAAGAAAGGGCAGAUGAUUGACUGAAAAUUUGCCAACGAAACUGGGUCACAAUGGUCCAGUAUCAUUGUGCACACUACGCCCACAUACACACACUUCCAGCAGGUUCUUCCUUAGAUCAACUUGCUCUUAGCAUUGUUCACUUCCUGAAAGGUUGUUUUUUUUUUUUUGCUGUAUUUUCCCCCCAUGUGUUUGAUAGAGGUUUGACUUGGUAAAAGAAAACCCAUUUCUGGUAAAACCUUCAUUAUGAUAAAAACUUAGACAUUGG